CUUCUUUUUAUUUAGCUUUUGCUCUUGUCUGGUGCACACCAGCCAGAUUGAUAACCAACCCCUGCUGUGCCCUUCUUCCAGAGUAAAUUUCCCAACAUAAGUUGCAGGUUUUCAGCGAAGGAGAGGAAGAAACGGGGGCCAGUGAUGGCCACCAUGAAGCUGGGUUCCAAGGCAGAAGCCUUCCAGCUUGAAGGCCAAACAUGGAGAUGCUUAACGGAGCUUGCAAGUGAUGUCGUCAUUGAAGUAGGAGAGAUGUCCUUCAAUCUCCAUAAGUUCCCACUGCUUAACAGGAGCGGGCUUUUGGGGAAAAUGAUGAGUGAAUUCCGCAGCGAGGAGGGAAAAGAUUGUGUUCUCCAGCUUCAUGAUAUUCCUGGGGGUGCCAAGGCUUUCGAGCUGGUAGCCAAGUUUUGUUACGAUAUCAAGAUAGAGCUGAAUGCUCUCAAUGUAGUGUCACUGCGAUGUGCUGCUGAGCACCUGCUUAUGACGGAAGAUUACGUGGGAGGGAACCUCAUAAUGCAGACCGAGAACUUCCUGGUUAACCAAGUAUUUGGCAGCUGGAAAGACUCGGUGAAAGCCCUUGAAGCAUGCGAGAGUGUUCUUCCUCAUGCAGAAGAGCUGCAUAUUGUCUCAAGAUGCAUCAACUCUCUUGCAUCCAAAGCUUGUGCUGACCCAAGUCUUUUCAGUUGGCCCAUGGUCGGCCACAGUACCACCUCCAAGAGCCCAGAAGGGAGUAGUAGUAUUCUUUGGAACGGAAUAGUCGCUGUAGGAGAGACACCAAGGUCGGGGAUUGCAGAUUGGUGGUACGAAGAUGUAUCAUUCCUCAGUCUGCCUUUGUUUAAGAGACUCAUCCUGGCUGUGGAGGCCAACGGCAUGAAGCCAGAAAACGUUGCCGGAGCCCUCAUGUUCUAUGCUAAAAGGUUCCUGCCUGGUCUGAGUAGAAACUUGAGCUUCCUCGAUGGCACUACUCGUAUCCCUCCCGGUACGUCGGUUUCAGCACCGUCAGAAAGCGACCAGAGGGUCUUUCUUGAAGAGAUUGUGGACCUCCUGCCCAUGAAGAAGGGUGUGACUUCUACAAAGUUCCUUCUCGGCAUGCUUCGCACUGCGAUGAUCUUACGUGCUGGUCCUUCCUGCAAGGAGAAUUUGGAGCGGAGAAUAGGAACCCAAUUGGAUGAAGCUGCACUGGAGGAUAUUCUAAUACCGAACCUGGGCUAUUCAGUGGAAACUCUCUAUGACAUUGACUGCGUCCAGCGAAUUGUCGAUCACUUUAUGAUGAUCGACCAGUCAUCGGUCGCCACUUCUCCAGCCAUUGUCGAUGAGGGGCAAUUGGCAGCCUCGUCUCCAUUGUUGACCCCAUUGACCAUGGUAGCAAAACUUGUGGAUGGAUAUCUUGCAGAAGUUGCAGGAGACGCUAAUCUGAAGCUGCCUAAGUUCCAGUCACUCGCUGCUGUCAUUCCUGAUUACGCCAGGCCUUUGGAUGAUGGUAUCUACAGAGCUAUUGACAUUUACCUAAAGUCACAUCCAUGGCUCACAGAAUCAGAAAAAGAGCAGCUCUGCCGACUCAUGAAUUGCCAGAAGCUUUCCCUGGAAGCCUGCACGCAUGCAGCUCAGAACGAAAGGCUCCCUCUCAGAGUCGUAGUUCAAGUUCUGUUCUUCGAACAGCUCCGCCUGCGAACCUCGAUCGCGGGCUGGUUCUUUGUCUCUGACAACAUGGAGAACUCGCAGGCUCCUCAUGGUAACCUUAUGCUCCAGAAGAACAGCAGUAGAGCAAUUCGCGAAGACAGCAAUCAGGAACAGGAGGAUGACCACCACGACAUGAGGUUGCGGGUUAUGGAGCUUGAGAAUGAAUGUUUGAGCAUGAAGCAAGAGAUCGAGAAGCUGGGGAAGCCGAAAAGUUCAUGGAACAUCUUCUCUCGGAAAUGUAGUAUCGGGAGCAAGUCGCGUUCAGUAACCAACAGUAAAUGAGUACUUUGUGGGAUUAAGCUUCGUGAUAGAGAUAGAACACUGCAGGUGGC